UGUAUACCUCACUGUGGUGUUUCUUUUGGUCUUAUUUAUUCAAUUUUUUCCCCUAUUUUUUUUUCAGUCUUUUGUACAGUAUAUCCAUUUUACAAUUUGAAUGGGUUUUAUUUCCAUCAAAUUGCUAUCUAAAUAAGUAGGUGGAAAUAUCUGUAUAAGUUUAUUCCUUAACUAGCUUUAGGUGCCGGAGUAUGCUAUGUCUCUAGAUGAAGAGGGUGUUUACAGGACUGCUUUUAAGCUAAUUUUUGCUUUUGACGAGGUCAUCCCUCUUGGACACAAGGAAAAUGUAACUGUAGCUCAGGUUAAACAAUACUGUGAAAUGGAGAGUCACGAAGAGAAGCUGCACAAACUUGUAAUGCAGAGCAAGAUUAAUGAGACGAAAGAUGUCAUGAAACAUAAAGCUAGUGAGAUUGACAAAAGCAAGAUUGAAAAGAAUAGGGGUGAUAAGGGAGGGUUUAUGUCAAUGGGCUCAGGAAGAAUAGAGAGCAGCUUUAGUGAGAGGAGCAUUUCAAAUACUGGAAGCGGUUUUGGGAGUGGUUCUGGUUUUGGAUUGAACACUGAGAUCGAUCCAUAUUCUAUCAAGUCUAAAGGUUUGUUCAUGCUCUUUAAUAUUGAAUUUGAUGUGUCGUCAACCUUCGGCUGCCAGUUCUUGGAGUCUUUGAAAGCAGAAGGGGAGGUUAUCCUUGAAGAUGUGCAGCCAAAAGCAGGCCAAUCUAGAUCAUCUGCCCCACCUUUAACUGAUCCCGUCACUUUGGCUGUUGAGGAGAAACUAAAUGUAACACUGAAACGAGAUGGUGGUGUCAGUAACUUUGAUGUUCAGGGAACACUGUCGCUGUAG